AUGAACGAGUCAAUUGCAUUUCUAUUUCCCAUUUUAUAAACUAAUUCAGGAAAAGUAUUUAAAAUUGAAAAGAUUGUCCAGAAUACUUUAACUUAACAUUAUGCACUUGAAUAUUCUAAGUAAGAGAUUUCUAGUCAAUAUAUAAUCUAAUAGUUCGACUCUCUAUAAAAAUCAUUACACUAUGAUUUAUUUAGAUAGUUUUAGGGAAUGCUACUAUAUUAAGAAAAAUAAUUUUAUUUAUUUGAUUAUUAUGAAAAUAGUCAAUUUUUAGAUCAAAAGGUGAUGGAUAAAGGUAAAAUUAAAGAAUCUUUUUCUUAUGCUGAAAUAAAAUUAUUUCUUAAAAACUUACUAAUAGCCUUAUAUGAAUUACAUUCAAGAUAAAUACCUGGAAGACUCUUCUCUUGUAAUAAUGUUUUAUUUGUUAAACCAAAUGAUAGGCUUGUUUUAAUGGAUUUUGGAUUUGGGCCAGAUAUUAAGUAAGAUAAUUUUGAUAUAUUGGCACCACCUGAAUAUUUAAAAUAAAUAAUUGAUAAAAGUAUUAUUUUUUUAAACUUGUUUUAGAUGAAAACUAAAAGGAUUUUGAUUUAAAAUUUGAUUCUUGGUUAAUUGGUACAAUUUUGUAUCACUUAAUCAAAUUUAGAUCAAUAAAUCAUGUUGAAAUAGGUAAUAAUCAAUUUGAACUAUAUAAAUAUGAUAGAAUAGAAUAAUAUUAUGAAUAUUUAAAUAGCAUUGAAUUUAUUCCUUGUAAAACUAUCAGAUACAAAGAAAAUCUACUUUCUUUUGUCGAAGCUUUGCUUACAUGUAAUCGAGAGAAACGAUUAUCAUUUUAUUAAAUUUAUCAACAUUAAUACAUUUAAGAUCUUAAACUUGAAAAACAAUAAGAAUAUAUUGAAUUUUAUAAAAAUCGAGAAUAAAUUCAAAAUUAUCAAGAAGGAAUUAUCGAUUCUUUUUAUUUACCUAUAGUUCGUUCAUAUUUAUCCUCUCAAAGAAAAACUCCAUAAAUAAUCCCAGCAGAAUCAUUAAUUAUUAAAAAUCAAAAAAGUGCCUCUCCUAGAAAUUAAAAUCCAAAAAUUAGAAUUUUAUCUCAACAUAAAAUUGAUAUCAAUAAAAUACAAAAUUUUCCUGAUUAUUUAAGUAUUAUAAUGAAUACACCUUAUUUUUCACAUUAAAGCUUUUAUACUUAUUGGCUAUAAAUUUAAUUAGAUUGUCUCAAAUGUUAUUUAUUGAAAUAUACAGCAGAGAAAAUUAAUACUGUUUUACCCAAAUAUAAACAUCCCUAUAUAUAAGUACUAGUAUAUAUUGUUAAAAAAAUGCAUCUUAUUAUUUUAAGGGAAAUGAGCAAUUAUUUAAAAUAAGAUUGUUUUUUUAAAAAUAAUUAUGAUUAAAAUUGGAAAAAUUUUUUGGAGUAAUAUGAAAAAAAUUUACCUACAUCUGAUUAAAUGAAUUCAUAUUUGAAUGAAUUAACACACGAAACAAUAGAUAUAUUUGAAUAACAUUGUUCGAAUUUCUUAUAGGUUGAUUCUCCAAUCCACAAUACUACAAAAUAAUCAUUGAUAAGUGUUACUGUCUAAAAUCACAAUUUGGUUUUAAACUCAUAGGAAUUCUAUGAUGAUGGUUAUAAAGUGGAACUUGAAAUAUUGCUCUAAGUAUUAAAUAAAGAAAUAAUCCAAAAUAGUUAAGAUAAGGAAUUAGCUUAAUUAAAGCAAUUAAUUUAUUUUUGCUUAUAAAUUUGUUCAUUUUUUUAACCUGAUGUAUUUUAGGAAGUAUUUAAAGACCUUGGAAAAUAAAAUAUGUAAGUCUAACCACAAGAUAUCAUUAAUUAUCUUGGCAUUAACAAUUAAACAAUAUGA